GCGCAGAGAGACCCGUCCUCCUUUUCCUGACAGGAGGCUCCUGAGGCGGAGAGUGGCGGCGAUGUCGACGCCGCGCUGGGAAGUGGUGGGGAAGCCCGGCCGGAAAGCGACCGCCAACGCGGGCCCCGCGGGUCGGAAGGCGCUGGGCGAGGCCAACGGGGGACAACGAGCGGCGCCCGCCUCGCUCCCCCUGGCUACAUCGGAAACCCUCUUUGAGCUGGGCUUUGAGAAGACAAAGAGGAAGCAGAACAAGGAGCAGGUGCCUCCACCUUCGGGAUCCCAGCAGCAGAAGAAGCAAAAUGCAGCGAAAAGUGCCAAGAAAGCCCCAGCCGGAGAAUUGAGGCAGAAAGAAGUGAAAUUCCGAACGUUGGAAGAGGCGCUGAAAGCGUUGGAUGUUUCGGAACUCCAGAAGGCACUGGAUCAAAGUCUGAGCUUGUUCCCGGAAACCCCUUCUGUGUGGCUCAAAGACCUGGCUGGCUACCUGAACUACAAGCUGCAGGCCCCAGAGAGCGAGCCCACCCUCAGCCAGCACCCCCAUGACUACCCUUACUGCCUGGUCAACAAAGAGCUGAAGAGCAUCAUCAAGUCACUGCUCUCGAAAGCUGCAGGUGCUCUGGAGCUUUUCUUUGACCACUGUAUUUACACCAUGUUGCAAGAGCUGGACAAGACCUCCGGGGAAUCACUGCACGGCUACAGGAUCUGCAUUCAAGCUGUGCUUUCGGACAAGCCCAGAGUGGCCACGGCAGACUUGGGCAAGUACCUGGAGCUGCUGCGGUCCCAUCAGAACCGACCGGCCAAAUGCCUCACCAUCAUGUGGGCCUUGGGACAAGCGGGAUUCGCUGAUCUGAUGGAAGGACUGAAAGUGUGGCUUGGCAUUAUGCUUCCGGUCCUGGGCAUCAAGUCUCUCUCCCCGUUUGCCAUCACCUUCUUGGAUCGUCUGCUCAUGAUGCAUCCCAACUUGACCAAAGGCUUUGGCAUGAUAGGACCCAAAGACUUCUUCCCGCUCUUGGACUUUGCCUUCAUGCCCAACAACUCCUUAUCGCCCAGCCUCCAGGAGCAGCUCCGGCAGCUCUAUCCCCGCCUGAAAGUGCUGGCCUUUGGGGCAAAGCCGGAGACCACACUGCACACCUACUUCCCGUCCUUCCUCUCCAGGACGCUUCCCGGCUGCUCAGCUGACAUGAGGAAAGAGCUGCUGAACUGUUUGACUGAGUGCCUCAGCCUCGAUCCGCUCAGCUUCAGUGUCUGGAAGCAGCUCUACGUCAAGCACCUCUCCCAAUCAAGCCUACUCUUGAACCACUACCUGGAAACCUGGGGCCAGACAUCCAAAAAGGUCCGGAAAUCUUUGCAUGAAACGGUUCGCUCGUUCAAAGUCACAAACGACGAACUGGCUCUGAAGGGAUCCAACAAUGCUCAGGACGUCUCCGCUUGCCAAACCGCCUGCAAGAGCCUGCUGCUCAAGAUGAAAACCAGUCGGUUUCCUUGGCCCCGGCUGGCCUUGGUCCUCCUCGUCUUCACUGCCUGCUUCCUGAUGCACGACGUACGGACCCACGGUUCCUUCCAAGCCUCUGCCUCCGCCCAGUUCCUCCGCUCUUCCGGCAUCUUAUCUGUAUCCCAGCAAGCCUGGAGUAAGGUGUCCCAUGCCUCUGUGGGAGGCUACAGCUGGCUCAAAGCCAACGUGCCUCUCUACUAUUCUCACGUGGCCACUGCCCUGGGCCCAAACCUGGAGCUGGCCUGGACCAAGACAAACGCGACGGCCACCUACAUCUCUGGGAAGUGCUCUGCUCAGCUGGCCUGGCUCAGGGACCACCUCCCUGCCUUCAUCGAAUGGCUCCAGACCCAUGUUCCAGAUGCCGUGCUGCAGGGAGCCGAGUAUCUCAAGGAGUUGCUGCUCUUCCUCAUGCGGAACUGUUUCCUGCCGGCCGUAGACUACGUGGCCGCGUCUCUGGAAGGACUCUGGCAACGCUGGGUGGCCUCUUGCAAGGGCGAAAGCUCGUGGGACUGCCUGAGGGACCAGCUCACCAACCUCACCCUUUCUUCCUGGACGUUCCUGCAGGACACCACGGUGGCCAUCAAGGACUGGGCCUUGGCCAUCAUCUCAGGCCACUAGCGCUGGCUUCGGCCCCAGGAACGGAAUGGGAAGGGUGGACAUCUCCUUGGCUCAGGGCAUCUCCUUGAGUGCAGGAAAGCGAGACGGCACCAUCACGGACCCCAGGCCCGGUGCCUCUUCGGUCCAGCACCCGUUGUGUGCAACAGGCUCCUUCUCACUCAGGCCUUCUAAUACCACCUGCCGCCCGUACCUUUGACAUCGUUGUGCCCAGGUUUCGAGGCUGCGGUACAUCCGACUUCCGGCAAAUGGAAAACUCCCCCGGUCUCUCUGCCGCCUUCGAUGCUGUGAUCCCACAGUGAAGCCUUGGCCACGUUUGCCCCGUGUCCCUGCCCUCCGUCCUUUGCCUGCAGUGCUGCCUUGCAGGCCUUUCCUUGCCCCGGUCUCCCUUGGGCCUUCCAGGUGAGUCCCCUUUCUCUCAGGUGGUGGUUCUCCCACAGAGCUGCCUUCUUCUUCUGGACCAAGAUUCUACCGCACGCAUGGGCCAACUUGGGCCCUCCUUCCAGGUGUUUUGGACUGCAACUCCCACCAUUCCUCACAGCCUCAGGCCCCUUCC